AUGGCUUCAAAUUUACCACAAGAAAGAAAUCAUGAUGCAUGUUUAAUAGUUAGAGAUUUAGACCCAAUGGUAACGGAAUCAUUAUUAAUGGAACUAUUCAUACAAGCAGCACCAGUAGUUAAAGUUUUCAUUCCAAAAGAUAAACUAACUCAACAACAUACAGGUAGAGCAUAUGUCGAAUUUCAAAGCUCUGCAGAUGCUGAAUAUGCCCUAAAAGUUAUGAAGUUUGUUCGUUUAUUUAAUAAAGAAAUUAAAAUUAAAAAGGAAAGUACAGAUAAAAUUGAUAUUGGUGCAAAUUUAUUUAUUGGUAAUUUAGAUACAGAUGUUGAUGAAAGAAUUCUAUUUGAUACAUUUUCAAGAUUUGGUACAAUUUUAUUUACACCAAAGAUUAUGAGAGACGAAAAUGGACAGAGCAAAGGAUUUGGUUUUAUUAGUUUCGAUAGCUUUGAUGCAUCUGAUGCUGCUAUUGAAUCAUUAAAUGGCCAGUUCCUUUGUAAUAAACCAAUAUCUGUUAGCUAUGCAAGAAAGAAAGACUCAAAUGAAAAACAUGGUUCUAAAGCUGAAAGAAUUAUUGCCGCAAGUAGAAGUGCUGGUGGUUUUAAUCAAAGCGGAGCCAUACCCCCACCUCUUACCGCUGGUGGUUUAAUGCCACCCCCACCCCCAUCUUUUUCAACUCAACAACCACCUUUACCACCACAAUUUAGCCAACCACCAAAUUUCAACCAACCAUCACCUUUUCCACCACAACAACAUUGGGGUUCAAUCCCACCACAACAAAGACAAAAUCAAAACUUUAGAUGA